CAGGGGUGGGCUAGAAAGAUAAAUUAAAGUGUACCCAUUCCACUCCGCUCCGCUCCUUUCUUGAAUACAUAACUAGCAGGGAAAGUGGGAAGUGAAGAAUUCCAAGACCACAAUGGCUAAAACCUUUCAAAAACUCACUUCUUCUUCUUCCCUCUUCAUCCUCCUCGUUCUCCUCUGUGCUUCAAAUCUUUUCCCAGUCAAUUCCCAAGAAUUCGCAAGAAAACUCUCCAAGAAAUCCAUGGGACUGAAAACAGAGAAGCUAAGCCACCUCCGCUUCUUCUUCCACGACAUAGUGAGCGGCAAAAACCCCACCGCGGUCAAAAUAGCCGAGGCCGCCGCCACCAACAAGUCCGCCACUGGGUUCGGGAUGAUGGCCAUGAUGGACGACCCCUUGACCGCCGGCCCAGACGUCUCCUCCAAGCUGGUGGGAAGGGCUCAGGGCAUAUACGCCUCGGCGGCAAUCGACGAGAUAGGGCUGUUAAUGGUCCUCAACUUCGCGUUCGUGGAAGGCAAGUAUAACGGGAGCAGCCUGAGCGUGGUGGGCAGGAACACGGUGGUUUCCGCCGUGAGGGAGUUGCCGGUGGUGGGCGGGAGUGGGCUUUUCCGAUUUGCUCGCGGCUAUGCUCAGGCCAAGACGCACACAUAUGAUCCCAAAACCGGCGAUGCUGUCGUGGAGUACAAUGUUUAUGUUUUCCACUACUAGUAAACCUUAAUUAAUCAAUGUACUACCUACUUUAAUUCUCUACUUUUCCAAGUUUACUAGUUUGUAUUAUUGCAACCUAUUUCUUCCAAGAGUUUUAGUGCUAUGUACUCUUAAAUUCUACUUCCUCACUUUUACUCCAUGAUGUGGCAAAUAAGGAUUGAAUAUUUCAUUAUAUAGGUCUCAAAAUAGGUGUCUAUAUCAAAUGUUUGUGAGAGAGAGUAUAAGUUGGAAUAUGGAAUGGGAGUUCAUGUAGUA